AUGGCGCAUUUGAGGAUGAGCGAGCUCAGGGUCACCGUGGCCUUUGCCACCACUGGGGAGACCCACUCAACUGUCCUGCAGUCCAACGCAGUCGUGUCCGACUUGGCGAAGGAGUUGCAGAAGACCAGCCAGGAUGCCCUAGGCAGCUGCAGCUUCCUGAGAGAUGGGCUGCCGCUGCGCAUGGAGGAUCGCAUUUCGUGCAGCGCGGACCUCUCAGAUGUGACGAUUCAGCUGGUGGUCCACAGGCUGGAGGGGCGGUGGACGUGGAAGAAGGGAGAGAAGCCGGAUGAGAAGCAGGAGGUGGCUCAUGACUACGAGUGCCACGUUCUGCUGCUGCGCGGCGACGGCCAAGCGCAGAGUAGCAAAUACCACACCUGGCGGCGAGAUGACGAGAACUACGGCAGCCAGCGGACGAUCAUCGGCUGCACGAGCCGCCCAGGCCCGAAAGACGAGCUUUCCAGCGCCUUCUUGCGCGGUGAGGGCGCCCAUGAAGGUCGUGGCGUCUGGGAGGUCCAACAGGAUCCUGAACCGACCCUCUGCGUGAGCGGGGCUGGCUUCACCUCUGCCGGAAUCAUUGAGAAUGAUGACCUGGUGGUGCAUGGUGCUGGUCCCAUCCCGCACGAGGUCUUCACGGUGACCCUGCGGGAUCUCUUGUCCACCUUCGAGUUCUCGCAGGAGUGA